AGUUUCAUUCAUUUGGAUUUGAUUUGUUGCCAAUUAUGUUUAAUUGGAGAGCUGCAAUUUCUUCUUUGUAUUCAUUUGAAGGAUUAUUAUGGGUUUCUUAACUCCCUGUAUAUAAGUAUAUGUUUAUAUUUAUGUUGGGGAUUUGAGAAUUAAGUUGGGAGUGAUCAGCAGAUAGUUUGUGAGAAGUUAUUGAACCCAAAUGAUUGAAUCAUGAUUCGAGUUUUAUGGCUGUUAGUAAAAGGCCCUCUUCGUUUAGUGUACUUGGGGAUAUGAAGUCAUAGUCUUUUUAGGCGUUGGACUAUUGAAGUAGAGAGCAAUGGCCAACAUGGCUCACUUAACUUAUUCUGGUUCAAUGGGUGAUGGCUCACACCAUUGCCAGGGAGUGCAGAUUGUCCCAUUCAAGACAUCAACGACGUCGUUGAAGAUGCUUUUGUUGCAUGGGAAUUUGGAGAUUUGUGUGGAGGGAGCAAAGAAUCUUCCUAAUAUGGAUUUAGUGAACAAUAGCAUAGGUGAUAUGAUAGGGACUUUGUCUGGGAAAAUACAAACAAGUGACCCUUAUGUCACAAUUGCAAUAUCUGGUGCCGUAAUUUGUAGGACUUUCGUGAUUAGAGAUGAAGAAAAUCCUGUUUGGGACCAACAUUUUAAUGUCCCAGUAGCACAUUAUGGUACAGAGGUGCAGUUUAUUGUUAAAGACAAUGACUUCUUGGGAUCUGAGAUCAUAGGGGCUGUUGGUAUCCCUAUGGAGCAGUUAACCUCUGGGACUAGAAUGAGUGGAACUUAUCCAAUCAUUGGUGCAAAUGGGAAGCCGUGUAACAAGGGGGCUGCUUUGAGCUUAUGGAUUCAGUAUAUACCAAUGGAGAAUAUGUCAAUUUAUCAUGAUGGAGUGGGAUCAGACCUUAAAAAUGAAGGUGUGGCCGGUACCUAUUUUCCUCUUAGAAUAGGUGGAACUGUCACACUGUACCAAGAUGCUCAUGUGCAUAAUGGUGCACUUUCAGAUGUGGUGUUGAGUGAUGGAACGACGUAUAAAAAUGGUAGUUGUUGGCGCGAUAUAUAUGAUGCAAUAUCUAAAGCUCGCUGGCUAGUUUAUAUCACAGGAUGGUCUGUUUAUCACAUGGUUCAACUAGUUAGAGACGAUCCUCUUGUAACAAACAGUAGCUUGGGCGAGCUUCUGAAAUCCAAGUCUCAAGAAGGGGUGAGAAUACUGCUCCUUGUAUGGGAUGAUCCUACUUCUACGACCAUAUUGGGGUAUAAAACUGAAGGGGUAAUGAAUACCGGGGAUGAUGAAACACGCCGCUAUUUUAAGCAUUCAUGCGUGAAAGUACUAUUAUGUCCAAGAAGUGCUGGGAGAGGUAGCUGGGCAAAAAAGCAGGAAACAGAAACAAUUUAUACUCAUCACCAGAAAAGUGUGAUCGUAGAUGCUGUCGCUGGUGAUAAUAGAAGAAAGAUAAUAGCAUUUGUUGGGGGACUUGACUUAUGCAAGGGAAGAUAUGAUACUCCACAGCACCCAAUAUUUAGCACAUUGCUAAGUAUUCACAAAGAUGACUACCACAAUCCUAAUUUUGUGGGGCCUACUUUGGGGUGUCCUAGAGAAGCAUGGCAUGAUUUACAUUGCAGGUUUGAUGGUCAAGCAGCAUGUGACAUCUUGAGAAACUUUGAAGAACGAUGGUUAAAGGCCUCAAAGCGCCAUGGCCAACUGAAGCUUUCACAUGAUGAUUCCUUACUCAAGCUUAAACGAAUUCCCGAUAUCUUAGGAUUAGAAGAGUCCGCCAAAGUUACAGAAGGCGAUCCAGAGGCUUGGAACAUCCAGGUUUUCCGUUCAAUUGACUCCAACUCUGUUAGAGGAUUCCCCAAGGAUCCAAGAAAGGCCACGGAAAAGAACCUAGUAUGCGGAAAGAAUGUAUUUAUAGACAUGAGUAUACAUACAGCCUACGUAAAGGCAAUUCGUGCUGCUCAACACUUCAUUUACAUUGAGAACCAGUACUUCCUUGGGUCGUCAUACAAUUGGGCUACUUACAAGAACUUGGGUGCAAACAAUCUAAUUCCUAUGGAAAUUGCUCUGAAGAUUGCUAAGAAGAUCCGAGCAAAGGAGAGGUUCGCUGUGUACAUUGUCAUUCCAAUGUGGCCCGAAGGAGUUCCCUCCAGCACGGCCACCCAAAGAAUUCUCUUUUGGCAGUAUAAUACAAUGCAAAUGAUGUAUGAAACAAUCUAUAAUGCUUUGGUAGAAGUGGGGCUCGAUAAAGAGCAAGAGCCUCAGGACUAUUUGAAUUUCUUUUGCCUUGGCAAUCGUGAACCCGAUUACGGUCGGCGGGAGUCAUCAAAUAUCAAAAACUCCUCUGCCAAUACUCCACAGGCCCUAGCUCGGAGAAACCGCCGCUUCAUGAUCUAUGUCCACUCAAAGGGAAUGAUAGUGGAUGACGAAUAUGUAAUAUUGGGUUCUGCCAAUAUCAAUCAACGAUCCUUGGAAGGAACCAGAGAUACUGAAAUCGCAAUCGGCGCAUAUCAGCCGAAUCAUAAAUGGGCUAGCCAACAAACUCACCCGAAAGCACAGAUAUAUGGAUAUAGAAUGUCACUUUGGGCGGAGCACACGGGUACUUUGGAGCCGUGCUUUGAGAAUCCAGAGAGUUUGGAAUGUGUGAGACGCAUUAGAUGGAUGGGGCAUCUCAACUGGCAAGAGUUUGAGUCUGAGGAAAUGACCCCAUUGAGAGGUCAUCUGCUCAAGUAUCCUGUACAAGUAGAUGCAACAGGGAAGGUCGUUCCUCUCCCCGGCUGUGAGACAUUCCCUGACAUGGGUGGCAAAAUAAUCGGAACAUUCGCAGGGAUUCAAGAAAAUCUCACAAUUUGAUCAUACAUUGUUUGCUAGCAAUGAAUUUUUGUUGUUCUUCUUCUUAUUCCUAACCAACAUGUCUCAUACUUAGUCAAAUUCAGGCUUGUGUACAUAUUGAUUUGUAAGAUACAGAAAUGCAUUUAUUCAUGCCUAGUGUAAGAAUUUGAUGUGUCUCA